AUGCCCACUACCACAAUCCACAACUGCCCCGACUACCACUACCAAAACAGCAUUCCCUACUACAACAUCUCCCACAACAACAACAAUCCCCCCUACCAAAACCACAGCAACUCCCACUACAACCUUAACUGCCCCAAUAACUACUACCACAACAGCACCCCCUACCACAACAUCUCCCACAACAACCACAAUUUUCCCUACCACAACAAUGCCCACAACCACAAAGUCCCCUACCAAAACCACAACAAUUAUCCCUUCCACAACAAUAACCACUAUCACAGCACCCCCUACCACAACCACAUCAACUCUCACAACAACCACAACUUCCCCUUCCACAACCACAACAACCCCACCUACCACAUACCCCCUACCACAGCAACUUCAACUAGAACCACAACUGCCCCCACAACCAAAACUUCCCCUUCCACAACCACAGCAACUCCCACUGCAACCACAACUAUCCCAACUACCACUACCACGACAGCAUCCCCUACAACCACAAUUUCCCCUACCACAACCACAACAAUGCCCAGUAGCACAGCGCCUCCUACCACAACCACAGCAACUCCCACUGCAACCACAACUACCCCUUCCACAACUACAACAAUCCCACCUACCACAACAAUGGUCACCACCACAGUACCUAUUACCACAGCAACGCCCACUAGAGACACAACUGCCCGCACGACCACAACUUCCCCUACCACAACCACAGCAAUUCCCACUUCCACAACUCCCCCUAGCACAACCACAACAACCCCCCCUACCACACCGAUGCCCACUACCAAAAUCACAACCUCUUUUACUACAUCCUCAACUUCUCCUACAACAACCAGGACAACCCCCUCUCCCACAACAAUGCCCACAACCACGACAGCACCACCUACCACAACCACAGCAACCCCCACUACAACCACAAUUACCCCCACUUCUACUACCACAACUUCCCCUUCCACAACCACAACAACCCCACCUACCACAGCAAUUCCCACAACCUCAAAUUCCCCUACCACAACCACAACAAUGCCCACCACCACAGUACCCCCUACCACAGCAACUUCAACUAGAACCACAACUGCCCCCACAACCAAAACUUCCCCUUCCACAACCACAGCAACUCCCACUGCAACCACAACUAUCCCAACUACCACUACCACGACAGCAUCCCCUACAACCACAAUUUCCCCUACCACAACCACAACAAUGCCCACUAGCACAGCGCCUCCUACCACAACCACAGCAACUCCCACUGCAACCACAACUACCCCUUCCACAACUACAACAAUCCCACCUACCACAACAAUGUUCACCACCACAGUACUUAUUACCACAGCAACGCCCACUAGAGACACAACUGCCCGCACGACCACAACUUCCCCUACCACAACCACAGCAAUUCCCACUUCCACAACUCCCCCUAGCACAACCACAACAACCCCCCCUACCACACCGAUGCCCACUACCAAAAUCACAACCUCUUUUACUACAUCCUCAACUUCUCCUACAACAACCAGGACAACCCCCUCUCCCACAACAAUGCCCACAACCACUACAGCACCACCUACCACAACCACAGCAACCCCCACUACAACCACAAUUACCCCCACUUCUACUACCACAACUUCCCCUUCCACAACCACAACAACCCCACCUACCACAGCAAUUCCCACAACCUCAAAUUCCCCUGCCACAACCACAACAAUGCCCACCACCACAGUACCCCCUACCACAGCAACUUCAACUAGAACCACAACUGCCCCCACAACCAAAACUUCCCCUUCCACAACCACAGCAACUCCCACUGCAACCACAACUAUCCCAACUACCACUACCACGACAGCAUCCCCUACAACCACAAUUUCCCCUACCACAACCACAACAAUGCCCACUAGCACAGCGCCUCCUACCACAACCACAGCAACUCCCACUGCAACCACAACUACCCCUUCCACAACUACAACAAUCCCACCUACCACAACAAUGGUCACCACCACAGUACCUAUUACCACAGCAACGCCCACUAGAGACACAACUGCCCGCACGACCACAACUUCCCCUACCACAACCACAGCAAUUCCCACUUCCACAACUCCCCCUAGCACAACCACAACAACCCCCCCUACCACACCGAUGCCCACUACCAAAAUCACAACCUCUUUUACUACAUCCUCAACUUCUCCUACAACAACCAGGACAACCCCCUCUCCCACAACAAUGCCCACAACCACGACAGCACCACCUACCACAACCACAGCAACCCCCACUACAACCACAAUUACCCCCACUUCUACUACCACAACUUCCCCUUCCACAACCACAACAACCCCACCUACCACAGCAAUUCCCACAACCUCAAAUUCCCCUACCACAACCACAACAAUGCCCACCACCACAGUACCCCCUACCACAGCAACUUCAACUAGAACCACAACUGCCCCCACAACCAAAACUUCCCCUUCCACAACCACAGCAACUCCCACUGCAACCACAACUAUCCCAACUACCACUACCACGACAGCAUCCCCUACAACCACAAUUUCCCCUACCACAACCACAACAAUGCCCACUAGCACAGCGCCUCCUACCACAACCACAGCAACUCCCACUGCAACCACAACUACCCCUUCCACAACUACAACAAUCCCACCUACCACAACAAUGUUCACCACCACAGUACUUAUUACCACAGCAACGCCCACUAGAGACACAACUGCCCGCACGACCACAACUUCCCCUACCACAACCACAGCAAUUCCCACUUCCACAACUCCCCCUAGCACAACCACAACAACCCCCCCUACCACACCGAUGCCCACUACCAAAAUCACAACCUCUUUUACUACAUCCUCAACUUCUCCUACAACAACCAGGACAACCCCCUCUCCCACAACAAUGCCCACAACCACGACAGCACCACCUACCACAACCACAGCAACCCCCACUACAACCACAAUUACCCCCACUUCUACUACCACAACUUCCCCUUCCACAACCACAACAACCCCACCUACCACAGCAAUUCCCACAACCUCAAAUUCCCCUGCCACAACCACAACAAUGCCCACCACCACAGUACCCCCUACCACAGCAACUUCAACUAGAACCACAACUGCCCCCACAACCAAAACUUCCCCUUCCACAACCACAGCAACUCCCACUGCAACCACAACUAUCCCAACUACCACUACCACGACAGCAUCCCCUACAACCACAAUUUCCCCUACCACAACCACAACAAUGCCCACUAGCACAGCGCCUCCUACCACAACCACAGCAACUCCCACUGCAACCACAACUACCCCUUCCACAACUACAACAAUCCCACCUACCACAACAAUGGUCACCACCACAGUACCUAUUACCACAGCAACGCCCACUAGAGACACAACUGCCCGCACGACCACAACUUCCCCUACCACAACCACAGCAAUUCCCACUUCCACAACUCCCCCUAGCACAACCACAACAACCCCCCCUACCACACCGAUGCCCACUACCAAAAUCACAACCUCUUUUACUACAUCCUCAACUUCUCCUACAACAACCAGGACAACCCCCUCUCCCACAACAAUGCCCACAACCACGACAGCACCACCUACCACAACCACAGCAACCCCCACUACAACCACAAUUACCCCCACUUCUACUACCACAACUCCCCCUACCACAACCACAACAACCCCCCCUACCACAACAAUACCCACUACCACUUCUCUCACUACCACAAUCACAACAACCUCUCUCACUACAGCCACAACCUCUACUACCUCAACAACUCACCCUACCACAACUACCACUACACAAACCACAGGAAACCCCUGUCCAGAUCCCAAUGGGGUCUUCCCUAACCAUGCUAACCCAGGCACUUAUUACAACUGUGCCCAUGGAAUAGGUCACCUCCAAUACUGCCCAGGGGAUUUGGUCUUUAAAGAAUCAUGCAACUCCUGUUGCUAG